CUCUCUCGUCACUCUGCUCUCUUCUCCUAUCAGCAUGCUUCUGAACUGGUUAUCUCCUUGUGCUGCUUCUCCCUCCCCCCAGUCUGAGCUCUGCUUUACAAAGGCUGCAAGUGUUACUAAACCCUGGGCCCCGCAUUCACCAUAUCCGCUCUCCCCGGACCCCGCAUUCACCGUAUCCGCUCUCCCUGGACCCCGCAUUCACCGUAUCCGCUCUCCCCGGACCCCGCAUUCACCGUAUCCGCUCUCCCCGGACCCCCGCAUUCACUAUAUCCGCUCUCCCCGGACCCCGCAUUCACUAUAUCCGCUCUCCCCGGACCCCGCAUUCACUAUAUCCGCUCUCCCCGGACCCCGCAUUCACUAUAUCCGCUCUCCCCGGACCCCGCAUUCACUAUAUCCGCUCUCCCCGGACCCCGCAUUCACUGUAUCUGCUCUCCCCGAACCCCGCAUUCACUGUAUCCGCUCUCCCCGGACCCCGCAUUCACUGUAUCCGCUCUCCCCGGCCCCCCGCAUUCACUAUAUCCGCUCUGCACGGACCCCGCAUUCACUGUAUCCGCUCUCCCCGGACCCUGGAACCCUGGUUAAAGCU